UUAUUAUCGCAUAAAAAACUCAAUGCUCUAUCACCUCAUUAAUUAGCCUUUUAUUUGUACUUGAGCAGAGUAUUCAACUACUUCAAGCACGCACACCAAAAAUAUUAUGGAUUACUAUUAUGUGAACCCAAUAAACCCCAAUUACGGUGCUCAUCAUAAUGAUGAUGACUACUCUGCCAUGAUGAGCAUGUCCGAUUUCAUGAUAUCCGAUUUUCUUAUGGCUGAUGAUGAUGCAUAUGGGUAUGGUGUUGAUGAUCAUCAUCAUCAUAAUCAAGAGAGUGGAUCACAAUCGCAAAGUACUAAUGAAUCGUCGGAGAUGGCAACCUUCAGCGAUGUCACUACUACCAAUAAUAAUGGUGAAGCCUCUAGCAUCAACAAUAACAUAAAAUGCAAAAAUGGGAGUAAGAGAAGUAAGAAAGAAGUGAAUUCAAGAGUGGCGUUUAGAACGAAAUCGGAGCUUGAUGUUAUGGAUGAUGGAUACAGAUGGAGGAAGUACGGAAAAAAGGCCGUCAAGAACACUCCAAAUCUAAGGAACUAUUACAAGUGUUCGAGUGAAGGAUGCGGUGUGAAGAAGAGGGUGGAAAGGGACAGAGACGACUCAAGCUAUGUUAUAACAACCUAUGAAGGGAUACACAAUCAUGCAAGCCCUUUUACCUACUAAGUUCUAAACCUUAAUUGGUUUUUCAAUUUCUGAUCCUUAAUUAAUUAGGAAUUUGGCACUUUGAUCAGGCUUGUCUCAUCUUAGUGUCACUUCUCCUAUGUUACUUAAUGUGUCUUCUCUCCUCUUCGCUUUCAUAUAUGGCUAUUUUGUGAAUUACCAUGUGAGCAACUCUCCCUACUCCAAAGCCUGUGCACGUUCCUAGCUCCUAACAAGAGAAGGUCAACAAGAUCCAAGGUCAUAACCUUGUUUAGUCAACUUAAUUGUAUUAUUAUUACUAGUUUUGUGAUGUCAUCAUAUGUUGGGGAGAGAGAGAGGGAGAGAGAGUUUUACAUGACUUUUUGUAAUCGUUUUUGGGGGUUGAGGGUUUACUGUUUAUCCCCCUUGUGAGUACAGUUUUUUUUGGGUGAGUUAGUUUAAUAUCUCCCUUAAAAAUAUAGUCGAAAAUUUCAAAAAUAAA